AUGGUUUUCUCAAGAUUACUUUUGUUCAUCUCUGCCAUUUUCAUGCUCGCUGCUCAAGCAGUCGCGCAGCCAAGCUUCCUUUAUCAUUUCUGUUUAAACGACAAGGGAAAUUACACCGCUGACAGCACAUAUGAGGCAAACCUCAAUCGCCUCCUCUCCUCUCUCUACACCAACACAGAAAUUGACUAUGGGUUCUACAAUUCCUCCAAUGGCCAAAACUCUGACCAAGCAUAUGCAAUUGGACUUUGUAGAGGAGAUGUUAACGCAGAUGUUUGCCGUGGUUGUCUCAAUAACGCUACGUCUCUUCUCAAGCAGCUCUGUCCCAAUCAGAAGGAGGCAAUUGGAUGGUACGACUACUGUAUGUUACGCUACUCAAAUCGCUCCAUUUUUGGCGUCGUGGAAACUAUUCCAGGUUUCCUUAUGUCGAACCCAAACAACGUAUCAGCCAAUUACGUGGAUCAAUACAACGAUGAUCUUAGGAGCUUGUUGGAAAGCCUAAGAAGCCAAGCUGUAGCUGGUGGUUCUCUUCGCAAGUUUGCAGCGGGAAACGCAACGGCACCUAGCUUUCAAACGUUAUACGGACUUGUGCAGUGCACACCUGACUUGUCUGAAGAAGAUUGCUACAGUUGCUUACGUGGGGCGAUUGAAGGUAUUCCAGGAUGUUGUGGUGGAAAGCAAGGUGGGAGAGUCAUUGGACCCAGCUGUAAUAUCAGGUUUGAGAUCUACCCGUUCUACAACUCGACAGCGGCUGUGUCAUCCCCACCAUCUCCAGUAGCACCACCAGUAACCAACACUAAUACAACAAAAGGGAGCGGGAGCAAAACAUCUACGACUGUCAUCAUUAUAGUUGUGUCAACUGCUGCUUUUGUGGUACUAGUCAUCUCCUUUUGCAUAUAUUUCAGAGUAAGGAGGAGGCCGCCAAGAGAGAAACUCGAAACUGAUGAUGAAAUUAGUAGCGUGGAAUCCUUGCAAUUCGACUUCGACACUAUUAGAUUUGCAACAAAUAACUUUUCAGAAGAAAAUGAGCUCGGUAAAGGUGGAUUUGGUGCUGUUUACAAGGGUAGGUUAUCUGAUGGACAAGUUAUAGCUGUAAAAAGACUGUCAAAGAAUUCUGGGCAAGGAAAUUUAGAAUUUAAAAAUGAAGUCUUAUUAGUGGCUAAACUUCAACAUCGUAAUCUAGUUAGGCUCCUUGGCUUCUGCUUGGAAGGAAAUGAAAGACUAUUAGUGUAUGAGUUUGUGCCAAAUACAAGCCUUGAUCACUUCCUUUUUGAUCCAAUUAAGCGUUUACAUUUGGAUUGGCAAAGGCGCUACAAGAUUAUAGGAGGCAUUGCUAGAGGGAUUCUUUACCUUCACGAAGAUUCUCGACUUCGUAUUAUUCAUCGUGACCUUAAAGCUAGCAACAUUCUUUUAGAUGCAGAAAUGAACUCAAAAAUUUCUGAUUUUGGCAUGGCACGAUUGUUUUCAUUAGAUCAAACUCAAGGAAAUACAAGUCGAAUUGUUGGAACCUAUGGAUAUAUGGCUCCAGAGUAUGCAAUGCAUGGGCAAUUCUCUGUAAAGUCUGAUGUCUUUAGUUUCGGUGUAUUAGUAUUAGAAAUAGUGAGUGGACAAAAGAACAAUUGCUUUCGAAAUGGAGAGAAUGUGGAGGAUCUUCUAAGCUAUGCAUGGAAAAACUGGAGAGAGGGGACUGCUUCAAAUAUUGUGGAUCCAACAAUAAAGUCAGACUCGACAACUGAAAUUAUGAGAUGCAUCCACAUUGCGUUACUAUGUGUUCAAGAAAAUGUAGCUAACAGACCAACCAUGGCUUCAGUGGUUCUCAUGCUAAAUAGCUACUCCAUCACUCUUUCGGUACCCUUGCAGCCUGCAUUUUUUAUGCAUAGUGACAUUGAUUUAGAAACAUCUCGAUGGGAGCAAAGCACACAGCUUAUAGAGUCAAAUCAAAGAUCUGAAGGCAACUUUGUCCAAGCCUCAGUAAAUGAGACUUCAAUUACUGAGCUCUACCCACGCUAGUGCUCUGUAGAAGCUAUAAAUAAGAGUGUAUAUUUUGAAAUAUUAAACUACUUUGGGACAUGAUUAUGUAGUCUGUACCAUGAUGUAUAUUAAAUUCAU